AGCACCUCUAAUUCUCGAAAUGUUCUAGUCCUUUGUCAACACUCGUCUACUAGUCGAUGGCAGUCCGCUGGUAGCCAUGUCGUGACACAGUGUUGAUGUACCUACGUACACUGAAGGAAUUUGCCAGACCUGACACCGACAGCGGGUCAACUUCGACUACUCUUGUUCCCGCUGGGAGAACGAUAUAUCGAGAAUGUCGUCCGGCCAUGGGGACGCGAAACUCUUUGCCAGAGGCAAAGUCGCUGAGUUACGACAAGAGCUCAUCAACCCGGGCAAAAAGGACAAAAAUCAUUCUGGGAAGAAAAACGCGCUCAAGAAGAUCGUUGCCAACAUGACCAUGAGUAACAACGACAUGGUCGCUCUCUUUCCCGACAUCGUCGCCUGUAUGCAGAUACCGGUACUCGAGAUCAAGAAGAUGUGUUUCUUGUACCUACAACAUUAUGCCCGUUUGAAACCAGAUGUUGCUCUCCGAGCUCUACCCUUUCUACAAGAUGAUAUGCAAGAUCCAAAUCCACUAAUUCGAGCACUGGCAUUGAGGACAAUAUCAUAUAUUCACGUUCGCGAAUUUGUCGAAGGCACGAUUACUCCCCUGAAGAAGUUGAUGACAGAUCAGGAUCCCUACGUUCGAAAGACAGCAGCCAUCACCGUGGCCAAGAUCUACGACCACGACAAAAGAAUGGUCGAAGGCUCAGACUUGAUCGAUAGACUCAACCGAAUGCUUAAGGACGACAACCCAACAGUCGUUGCCUGCGCACUAUCCGCACUCCAAGAUAUCUGGGAAAGAAGCGAGAACAUCAAAUUGACCAUUGACUAUUCAAGUGCGUCGAAGAUUGUCGCCAUAUUGCCCGAUUGCAAUGAGUGGUCACAGACAUAUGUCCUUGAAGCGCUUAUCUCAUAUGUGCCACAAGAGUCAGGAGAGGCCCUCCUCCUGGCGGAACGAAUCGCCUCUCGACUGUCGCACUCCAACUCUGCCGUGGUGCUCACCUGCAUCCGAGUCAUCAUGUACCUGAUGAACUACAUCUCAGACCAGAAAAAGGUCGACGAGCUCGCGCGCAAACUAUCACCACCUCUGAUUACGCUGCUGUCCAAACCGUCCGAGAUCCAAUAUCUUGCCUUAAGAAAUGCCAUUCUCAUUCUUCAACAACGACCCGAAGUCUUACAGAACGACAUUCGGGUCUUUUUCUGCAAAUACAACGAUCCAAUCUACGUCAAAGUAACGAAACUGGAGCUCAUUUUCAUGCUUGCCAACAAAGACAAUAUUUCCGUCGUCCUACACGAGUUACGAGAGUAUGCCACAGAAAUAGACGUCCAAUUCGUCCGCAAAGCUGUCCGAGCAAUUGGCAAACUCGCCAUCAAAAUCGAACCCGCAGCUCGUCAAUGUAUCGACACCCUUCUCGACUUGGUCAACGCCAAGAUUCCCUACAUCGUCCAAGAAGCGACCGUCGUCAUCAAGAACAUUUUCCGCAAAUACCCCAAUCAAUAUGAGUCCGUCAUUUCGACUGUGAUAGGACAGAUCGACGAGCUCGACGAACCCGAAGCCAAGGCUGCCAUCAUCUGGAUCAUUGGCGAAUACGCAGAUCGCAUCGAUAACGCCGAUACACUGCUUCAAGACUACCUGUCGACUUUCCACGAAGAGCCCAUUGAAGUGCAGCUGGCCCUACUGACUGCUACCGUGAAACUAUUCCUGCACCGUCCAACAAAAGGUUCCUCAAUCGUGCCACAAGUCCUGAAAUGGUGUACAGAAGAGACAGACGACCCAGACCUGCGGGAUCGAGGCUUCAUGUAUUGGCGCCUCCUAUCCACGGACCCGGCAGCGGCGAAGAAAGUCGUCAUGGGUAUCAAGCCUCCCAUCACAGCGGAAAGCGAGAAGCUGGAUCCCACCACCCUGGAGGAGCUUUGCCUGGGUAUCGGCACCUUGGCGACAAUCUACCUGAAACCGGUGCAGCAGGUCUUUCGCGCUGCCCGACCGCGGCGCUUGCAAGAGUCGCCUGCCCUACAGCGACGAAAGGAGGAGUUCAAUCGUGCACUUGGCUCGCCAGGAAUGAAUCUUGUCAAUCCCGUGUCGUUGAACACCGCAGCGACAACACCUGGCGGCACGCCUUUGCCAGGCCAUCAAGAUGCGAUCAAAGCAGCGGACGAUUACUUCAAGAACCUCAGCCUAAGCGAUAAUAGCGGCGGGGAUAUCUUGACCAGCCCUGUUGCAAACGGUGUAGGUGGAAAUCCCUAUGUCGUCAGCCAGAACGCGCCGCAGCAGGUUCUUAAUCCACAGGCCAAUUUUGCGCAGAACGGAGAUCUGUUAUUGUAAUAGAAAGGAAUUGUCGUACUCGAGACAUUGCGGAGGUGUACAUGGGACGUCCUUUCAAUUGUUGAUUAAAUAUACUGGCAGUAGCAUUCGGUGUCUAUGAGAACCCUGUCAUUGAAAGAGAGAGAGGCAGACAAGCCUAUAAAACUUGAAAUGAAGAUAUCUUACCUCGACUGGAAGAGAGCUCAGAAUUGCAUACCGGAUAGUGCAGCAAGGAGUCUCCCGAAGUCGGUUUUGA